AAAUGUGCUAUGAUAAAACAAACACACACUUCAUGACUUCAAGCUUUCACACUGUUGAUAACUAAACUUAUGGAAUAAUGCAGAAAAAAAAUGUGUAUUUGCAAAGAUGACUGAACAAUCCAAAAUCCAUUCUCAAAAAUGGUUCUCACUAUUUUUUUCUCCACUAAUUCCAUGCAAACCAAACGUGUCCCCGCCAGAUUCUCUUUGUUUUUCAGAGCCCACUUCUCAAAUUCACCCAACAAACCAAUGCUGAUAAGAAGACAACAGUUUCAUUCAAAAGCAUCACCUGAACUCCAAAACAAUAGAGGGUUUUGCUUCCAGGACUGUGUUUCCCUCUUGCAACACCUGAGGGACCACAAAGACGUAAACUGUGGCAGAACCCUUCACUCUCUUUUUCUUAAAAGUGCCCUCGACCAGGAUGUCUUUGUGCAAAAUAAUAUGGUUAGAUUUUAUGGAGAUAUUGGAGAAGUUAAGAAUGCACAAAAGUUGUUUGAUGAAAUUCCUCAACCGAGUUUGGUUUCUUGGACCAGCUUGGUUUCUUGUUAUGUCCAUGUGGGGCAGCAUGAAAUGGGUCUGAGCUUGUUUCGUGGCUUGUGUCGGUCCGGGAUGCGUCCCAACGAGUUUGGUUUCUCUGUGGCACUCAAGGCUUGCAGGGUGAUGUGUGAUCCUGUGAUGGGGAAGCUCAUUCAUGGGUUGAUACUCAAAAGUGGUUUUGAUUCGCAUAGUUUUUGUAGUGCUUCGAUUCUUCACAUGUAUGCUGAUUGUGGGGAUAUUGAGAAUUCGACGAAAGUUUUUGAUGGGGUUUGUUUUGGUGAAAGGUGUGAGGCAUUGUGGAACAUUUUGCUGAAUGCAUACGUGGAGAUGGGUGAUGUGAAGGGUUCUUUGAAGUUGUUUCACGAGAUGGGUCACUCUGCUGUGGCACGGAAUCACUUUACAUACACAAUCAUUGUUAAACUCUGUGCUGAUGUGUUGGAUGUUGAACUUGGAAGGUCUGUUCAUGGCCAGACUGUGAAGAUUGGCAUUGAAAAUGAUGUUGUGGUGGGUGGAGCUCUUAUUGACUGCUAUAUUAAACUGAAAUUAUUAGAUGAUGCUCGUGUAGUGUUUCAAUUUCUUGAGGAGAAGGAUAAUGUGGCAAUAUGUUCUUUACUUGCUGGGUUUAAUCAGAUUGGAAAAUCUAAGGAAGGACUUGCAUUAUAUGUUGAUUUUCUUUGUGAAGGUAACAAACCAGAUCCAUUUACUUCUGCGAGCGUUGCCAGCUUGUGCUCAAAUCUGGAGGCAGAGCUUGCUGGUACUCAAAUUCACUGUAGUGUCAUAAAACUUGGCUUUAAGAUGGAUUCAUAUCUUGGCAGUGCCUUUAUAAACAUGUAUGGAAACUUUGGGAUGAUAUCUGAUGCUUAUAAAUGUUUUCUUGAAGUAUGCAACAAGAAUGAAAUAUGCGUAAGUGCCAUGAUGAAUACUUUAAUUUUCAAUUCAAAUGAUUUGAAAGCUUUGGAGCUGUUUUGUGGGAUGAAGGAAGUUGGUAUUGCACAAAGCAGUUCUUCAAUCAGUUAUGUUCUGCGGGCUUGUGGGAACCUUUUUAUGCUUAAAGAAGCAAGAUCUUUUCAUUCUUACAUGAUUAAAAAUCCUUUUGAAGAGGAUUGUAGGUUGGGCUUAGAAAAUGCUCUUCUUGAGAUGUAUGUUAGAUGUAGAGCUAUUGAUGAUGCGAAAUUGAUUUUCAAAAGAAUGCCGAUAAGAAAUGAGUUUUCCUGGACUACUAUCAUAUCCGGAUGCGGUGAAUUGGGCCACUUUGUAGAAGCUCUGGGGAUCUUCCGCGAUAUGCUUCAAUAUUCAAAACCUAGUCAGUUCACAUUGAUUAGUGUUAUUCAGGCUUGUGCAGAAAUAAAGGCACUUGAUGUAGGAAAGCAAGCCCAAUCUUAUAUCAUCAAAGUAGGAUUUGAAUAUUAUCCGUUUGUUGGUAGUGCCCUAAUUAACAUGUAUGCAGUGUUUAAACAUGAAACUUUGAAUGCGUUACAGGUAUUCUUGUCCAUGAAAGAGAAAGAUCUUAUCUCUUGGAGUGCCAUGUUAACGGCAUGGGUCCAAAAUGGUUAUCAUGAAGAAGCACUUAAGCAUUUUGCAGAAUUCCAAACUGUUCCCAUUUUUCAGGUUGAUGAGUCUAUCUUAUCCAGCUGUAUAUCAGCUGCUUCUGGGUUAGCGGCAUUGGACAUAGGCAAAUGUUUCCAUUCGUGGGUUAUCAAAGUUGGCUUUGUGGUUGAUCUUCAUGUGGCUUCUUCCAUUACAGACAUGUAUAGCAAAUGUGGAAACAUUAAAGAUGCCUGCAAGUUUUUCAAUACUAUCAGUGACCAUAAUUUAGUAACCUUGACAGCUAUGAUAUAUGGAUAUGCUUAUCAUGGGCUUGGAAGAGAAGCUAUUGACCUGUUUAACAAAGCAACAGAAGAUGGGUUGGAACCUGAUGGUGUCACCUUCACUGGGGUUUUAGCUGCAUGUAGCCAUGCUGGACUGGUGGAGGAAGGUUGCAAAUAUUUUGAGUACAUGAAAAGUAAAUACAACAGUGAAGUAACCAUGAAUCAUUAUGCCUGCAUGGUUGAUCUUCUCGGUCGAGCAGCAAAAUUGGAAGAAGCCGAGGCUUUGAUAAAGGAAGCUCCAUUUCAGUCAAAAUCUAUUCUAUGGAAGACUUUCCUUGGUGCUUGCUCUAAGCAUGAGAAUGCUGAAAUAGGAGACAGAAUAUCUAACAUCCUUGCUGAUAUAGAACUGAAUGAACCCUCAACCUAUGUUCUACUGUCCAACAUUUAUGCAUCAGCAUCAAUGUGGAAAAAUUGCAUAGAGUUGAGAGACAAAAUGGUAGAAGGGAGUGUUACAAAGCAACCUGGUAGUAGUUGGAUUCAGUUGGCAGGUUAAAAUUAUCGAGCUCUCUAAAUUUCCUGCAUCUCAAUAAAUAUCAAAAGCAUAUGUAUCUGUUGAUUGCAACACUACUUGGCAUAAAGCCUUAAAUAUUCUGUACAGUGGUCUGUGACAAUUGAUUGUUGGAACAAUUGGUUUUAUGGGACAACCAUGUAUAUAUGAGAGACUGGCUUUUGGAUAGUGGGAUUCAAGCAAUCAGUUUCCAAAUUUUCAAGAAUAUUACUAAGAAAUUCAGUUGCAAACUCUGCAAUUCUGCUAUUAUUUACACUAUUGAAUGGAAUUUGGAAGAAGCUAUAUCCACAGUAUAUAGAAGGGGGAUUGUGGCCUUAUCAUUAUCCCAACUCCCAAAUAAGCAUGGAUCAAGAGGUCACAUGAACUAUAUUCUGAGAGAUUUUCGAUAAACUCAAAGAGUAAAGAUGGAAGGAGGAAGGCUAAGAUAAGGGACCAUCAAUUAAGAUUUCUUCGAGCAUCCAAAGAAAGGAGUUAGAGAAGUUAGAUAAAAAAAAGGGAAGUUAGAGAAGUUAUCAAUAGUAAAUACUCAAUAGAGGUUUUUUCAAGGGUGUACGCAUGUAAAAAUUUAGAAUUGGAUAACCAUUGUAAUUUUCUGCUUAUAUAUUUGAAUUGGAGCUUGAGUUAGUGGUCAGAAACAUUAUACAUAGAAGUAUCUUUAAUAUAGAGAUGUUAAAAAUAUUUGUACCCACAAAUAUUUAUGAACAAAAUCUAUUACAGAUAGAAAAUAAAUAUUAUAAAUGAAUACUUAUGAAUAAUGGGUACAUGAGUUCUACAUACGUACACCAAUAUUGAGUUUCAAGAGGUUAGGCUUAUAUCAGUGCGAGUUGCAUUGUUUUUAGAAAGAGAAGAGAAGUUAUUUUUCAUCUUAAUUUGUUACAGGUUGGUGAAACUCUAAUAAAAAUGGUUUUGGCUCUUGGAACCCAGAAAACAAAGAUAAUUGAUGCAAAAGAGGUUUGAUGUCUUGCAUCCCUACUCCUUGAUUGUAGUCAUUGUUGUUACUUUUUGUUAAUUAGACUCUGAACUUUUAUUGUAUUGACAUUUGUUCAGCAGCCAUAAAUGUAUGUAUUCCCUGUACAAUAUUUAUUCUGCUAUUGUCAUCAUAUUUUAAAUCGCAAGCUUUAUUUAGGAUAUAGUUACUUGAAGGAGUUAAAAAUAGUCUAUGUGUUUCCUGAAUGAAUUUUUGUGCAAGCCUCUUGAGAUGUCAUGGUUACUUGAUUCUAAGAUAGCUUUGCCCUAGAAGGGUGAGAUGUUAUGUUAUUGAUCAGAUUUCACCAAUAUUAAUACUAGCAUAUGGUAGUCUCACAUCAUAUCUCAAUCUUAUUAUGAUGGAGGACCAUAAUAUCUUUCAGAAAUGUUUAUAUUAACUCAUAAGAAACGUAAAGAUGGAAGGCCAUUGGAUGAGGUGUCUGCAAAUAGUGGUUAGAUUUUUUAAGCAAUUUUUAUACUUGUUAUAUAUUAUGUAUGACAUUUGAAUUAUUUUGAAUAUUUUUAUAUUGAUUGUGAGUAUGCAAUAACUUCAAACUUUCUUACAUAGGAUGUGAUGUAAGAAAAAUUGAACAAUGGUGAAACAUCUAAUGAAAAACCUAUUGGUAGUGUUGCUUGGGAAGGAGAUGUGUAUUCCCAAGUAUUAGGGCUGAAAGAAGUGGCUAUGUUCGUGGCUUAGGACUUGGUCCAACACCUUCUUUGCUGUGGGGUUCUAAAUCUUCCAUAGGAAGUACUUUUGCUGAUAAUAUAUCUAAUGAGGUAGUACAAAGAUUAGAGCAAGAGGUGAGGAUGUUAAAGGAGUUAAAAGAAAAACAUGAUGAAGAAAUGAAUUUGAUGAAACAAAAUCAAGAUAAGUUACUUUCAAAACUAUCUUUCAUUAGAAAAUUUAUGUAUAAACAUUUUCCAACGAAGCUAUCUAUGCUUCAAAAGUUCAAUGAAAGCUCAUUUGGACAGGUAUGAUUCAAAUGCUUUUAACCAUUUUUUUUUCAAAUUCUGAUUGUAAAAGACAAUUUUUAUUUUCUGAUGUCUUAAUUAAGUCUUCGAUACUAAUAUUGGCCAGGAAAAAGCACCAAAAAUGCCACACAUGUCCUUUGGUACUCAUGAAUCACAAUUACCUACAAAAUUUACUGCAACUGCGAAAAUAGAAUCACAAUCAACUAAAAUUCCAAUUGUUAUAGUGAAAACAGAGGCUAACAAAAAAAGUAUUGUUCAAGUUGGUGGCCUCACUUCCUUGCUCAAGCUUCUUAGAAAAGAUAAUGAUGAAAUUAUUUGCAUACUAGCAGUAGAGGCAAUUGCCAAUCAGUCCAUGAAUGGUGGUUAUGUAUUAGACAUUGUGUUAAGUAAAUUAGUCCAAUUUAUCUA